GGACCGGGGGGAUAUCCUGGCCGGGGGGGCAGGCAGGAGCCCCGGGCCAGACGUGCCCCGGCUGGGCCGUGACAGUGGGGACAUGUCGUGACAGUGGAGACAGAGCCACCCCGCACCGGGACCUGGUGGGCAGUGACCCAGGGACACCCUGUGGCACCAGGACCGAACCCCCCAAGCCGUGACACUGAGGGAGCACCGGGGCACAAAGCCAUUCCAUGUCGUGACACCGGGGGACCACAGCUACCCCAGGCAGUGGCACUCGGUGCACACGCCACGGCACUUGGUGACAGCGCGGUGCCACCGAGCACCCCGCACCAUGGCACCCCGUGAGCAGCCAGAUCGGCAGGUGCUGUGACACCAGGGGGACCCUGCGCCUGGCAGGUGCUGUGACACUGGGUGACCAAACCACCCUGUGCCGUGACUCCUGGGCGAGCCUUGAGCCUGGCACGUGCUGUGACACUGGCGGACCAAAGCCAGCCUGGACUGUGACAAGUGAUCAACCAGCCUGGCACCUGCCACUGGGUGACCAAAGCCACCUUGGACUGUGAUACCAAGUGACCAAGCCUCUGCACCAUGACAGCUGGUGAACCCUCAACCUGGCGCUUGCGUGACACCGCGUGACUGAAAGCCACCCUGUGCUGUGACGCUGGGUGACCAAGCCACUCCACAUCGUGACACCAUGUGACUGAAGCCCCCCCCCGAUCUCCACGCUGCGUUGUCCCCGUCAUGCCACCAUCCUGUCACCCCUGCGUGGCCAUGCGUGUCCCCGCGGUGCCGCUGUCGCUGCUGCUGGCGCUGUCCCUGCUGUCCCCGUGGGGGUCUGCGGGAGGGAGCUGCCCCCCGCACUGCGUCUGCGCCUCCAACCUGCUGAGCUGCUCGCAGGCCAACCUGAGCGUGGUGCCGGCGCCGCUGCCGCGCUUCACCGCCGUGCUGGACUUGAGCCACAACAACGUGACACGGCUGCGCGCGGACUGGACGCCGGCGCGGCUGCCGCACCUGCACGCGCUGCUGCUGAGCCACAACGGGCUGGCCUUCGUGUCCACCGAGGCCUUCGCCCGCGUGCCGCGCCUGCGCCACCUCGACCUGUCCUCCAACCGCCUGCGGACGCUGGACGAGAACCUGUUCAGCGACCUGGGCGAGCUGGAGGUGCUGCUGCUGUACAACAACGAGAUCGCCACGGUGGAUCGCACGGCCUUCGAGAACCUGGGCCGGCUGCGCAAGCUCUACCUGGGACGGAACCGCAUCGCCCGCUUCCCGCUGGAGCUGCUCCGGGAGGGCACCCGGCUGCCGCAGCUGGCGCUGCUGGACCUGUCGGCCAACCGGCUGCGGGCCGUGCCCGCGGGCGAGCUGCAGGCGCUGCCCGCCUGGCUGCGCGACCGCCUCUACCUGCACAACAACCCCCUGGCCUGCGACUGCGUGCUCUUCCAGCUGCUGGACCGCGGCCGCCGCCGCCACCUCAGCGCCGUGGAGGAUUUCCAGGACGAGCUGCACUGCUUCCUGCCCGGAGUGACCACUCACGUCAAGAUCCUGGAGCUGGCGGGCAAGCCGCCUCUCAACUGCAGCAAGGCACGGGAGGCCGUGCUGGAGGCGCACCUCGGGGACAGCGUGACGCUGGGCUGUGACAGCCGGUGGCAGGGCGUGCGCAGCCGGCACUGGGUGACACCGGGCGGGGAGCGGGUGCUGGGGGACGGGGGCAACGGCAGCGUGGUCCUGCUGGCCAACGGCAGCCUUCAGCUGCGGGCGCUGCGCCCUGAGGAUGCGGGCACUUACUCCUGCUGGGUGGCCGGACCCCUCCUCAACGAGACCCUCUACGUGGAGCUGCUGGUGCACAACUUCACCCUGCACGGCCCCCACGACACGCUGAACACGGCCUACACCACUCUGGUGGGCUGCAUCCUGAGCGUGGUGCUGGUGCUCAUCUACCUGUACCUCACCCCGUGCCGCUGCUGCUGCUGCCGUGGCACCGAGAAGCCGCCGGCGCCACGCGACGACAGCAUCAACUCCUCGGUGCUGAGCACCACCCCGAACCACGCCGGGGGCGCCGGGGAGCCCUGCGCAUCCCACGUGGCCUCCAGUGCUGGCACAGGGCAGAACGGCAGGUUCAAGGGCGGGGGGACCCCCCCGCUGCCCGCCCGGCAGGGCCCCAAGGCGCAGAGGAAGGUGUCGGAUCCAGACUCGGUGAGUUCCGUCUUCUCCGACACGCCCAUCGUGGUGUGAGGGGACACUGUGGGGACAGUCCCCAGGGACACCCGGUGUCAGCCACUGCAAGCUGUCCCUGGGCAGGAGGGAUGGCCAGACCCCCACUGCCGUGUCCCCAGCUUGGGGGGUCACACCAUCACACCCCAGGACUGAGCAUCGCUGCUGGCUCCCGCCAAGGUCACCGACACCAUGGGACAGUGAGGGACAAAGCUGUGACACACACUUGGGGACAGUCUCCCACCAUGACCUGUCCCUGGGCAGGAGAGUUGGCCGGACUCCCACCACCGUGGCCCCAGCUUCUGAGGGUCCCAUGAUCAACCCCCAGGACUGAGCAUCAUCCCACACCCCCACUGAGAUCACAAAGGGACCGUGAGGGACACACGGGUGUGAGGAGACACACCAUGGGGACAGUCCACCGGGACACCCUGUGUUCCUACUGCUGCUGUGACCUGUUCCCCAUGGACAUGCCACGGGCAGAAGGGGUGGCUGCACCCCAUCUGCCAUGUCCCCCACUUGGGGGGCAACACCACUGCCCCCAGGACAGAGCAUCACUGCUGGCCCCACCGAGGUCACUGCGCAACCGCAAGGGACAAGGAUGUGACACCAUGGGGCAGUCCCCUACUGUCACCAGGCAGGAAGGGUGGCCAGACCCCCACCAGCAUGCCCCAGCUUUUGGGGGUCCCACCAUCACCCCCCAGGACUGAGCAUCAUCCCCAGCCCCUGCCGAGAUCACUGAGGGACUGCGAGGGACAAGGGUGUGAGGGGACAACCAUGGGGAGUCCUCAGGGACAUCCUGUGUCCCCACUGCCACUGCAAGCUGUCCCAGGCUGGAGGGGUGGCUGGACCCCCAUCACCGUGUCCCCAGGUUUUGGGGAUCCCACCAUCACCCCUCAGGACUGAGCAUCAUCCCUGGCCCCCGCCAAGGUCACCGGGGGACUGCAGUGGACAAGGGUGUGAGGGGACACGCCAAGGGGACAAUCUCCUGCUGUGACCUGUCCCUGGGCAGGAGGGAUGACCAGACUCCCACCACCGUGCCCCUCGUUUUUGGGGGUCCCACCAUUGCCCCUCAGGACUGAACAUGCUGCUGGCCCCGGCUGAGCUCACCGCAGGACCACAGGGACAAGUCUCUGUGAGGACAGCGUGGCCACCAACUGCAGGGCAUCAGCCCCACCAGGCACCGGAGGACUGAGGGACAGUGGCAGUGGCAGCCUUGAGCCCCCAGGAGCGGCAGCACUGGGCGGAACCCCCUCCCUGCAGCCCUGGCCCCCCCAUUCCCCCUGCCCCCCUUGGCAUGUGCAUGGCCAAGCAUGAGUCCCCCUGGGGAGCAUGUGCCACCCCCAUGGGGACACCGGGGGUGUGUCAACCCCCUGGGGAACCCCCAACACCUCCUGACCCCCCCUGCAACCCACAGCUGCAAACAGAGCCCCCUCCCCCACAGGGGGUGGGACCCGGGAGCUCCUGCACCCCAAAAAGGGGUGCCCCCUCCCAUGGGUGUCCCCAUGCCAGCCCAGCCUGUGUCUCCCGUGCCCCCACCGCGGACGUUCCCCCCCCGCACUGGGCAAUGCCCACCGAUGCCUUGGCCAAAAUAAACGUGUUUCCCUCGUG